ACAACAGCCGCAAUUUUGCACAAGCCUCAACUCUAUUUGGGCAUGCCCAUUAAAGAUCAUGGCUAAGUGCUUUUAUUUAAACUCUCUUGCAGCUGAAUCUUAUGCUAAAAUGGCAAGUCGGUGUUCACGUUUAUACCUUGGGCGCCUGCUUCACUAUGAAAAAUGCACAGCAAAAACGAGAUUAUUUAGCACUGGAAGGGAGAGAAAGAGAAGGGUUAUGUCCAAAGAGGACCGAGCUGAAGCUGUCAACUCCUUUGUUAAACAGUAUAUGCUACAGUUUCCUGGAAAAUUUCCUACUUUUACUCUUGUCAUGAAGGAAGUGGGGGGUUCUGCGGAUGUUCUCAGAAAGCUUCUUGCGGAACUGAAAAUAAGCUUGAAGACGUCUCAAGACCAAAAGCAAAAGGCAGAUGUUGAUGAAGGAGCACAUGAGGCAGCAAAAUCUGUAGCACCUAAAAAUUCGUCAACAGAUGCAGAAUUAAAUGCUGCUACUUCGAUGGAAAUCAACAGUUUGAAACAAAAGGUCCUGUUGAGUUCUGACAACAUAUCAGGAAUUGAUACAGCUGUAAGUCAGCAAGAAACUUUAUCCCAAUCUAUAAAAAAUGAAUCAGUUGCACAAUCAUUUUCAGAUCAAAGUUCACCUCCAUUAUCAUUGGAAAAAUUAUGUACAGAUGUUAAUGAUGGAGCACAGGAGGCAGCAAGGUCUGAAGCACCUGAAAAUUUGUCAACAGAUACAAAAUCAAAUGGUGCUACUGACUUGAAAAUUGACAGUUUGAAACAAAAGGCUUCCUUGAGUUUCGACAAUAUAUCAGGAAAUGAUGUACCUAAAAAACAAAAUAAAACUUUAUCCCAGUUAAUAAAGAAAAGGAUGGAGUCUUUGUCAGAUGUUAAUGAUGGUGCACAGGAGGCAGCAAAAUCUAUAGCACCUGAAAAUUUGUCAACAGAUUCAAAAUCAAAUGAUGCUACUGUCUUGGAAAUUGACAGUUUGAAACAAAAGGCUCCUUGGAGUGUCAGCAAUAUAUUUGGAAAUGAUAUACCUGAAAAUAAAAAACGAACUUUAUCCCAGUCUACAAGAGAAGAGAAAUCGAUUUCAGAGUCUUUUUCAGACAAAAGGUUGCUUCCAGAGUUUUUGAAAAAAUUAUUUGGAGAGAAGGUAGAAAAUAAUGAAUAUGAAAAAAAUUGUUCUACUGCUCCAGCAUCCCCUAAGGAGUCAUUGGGGACAAUUCUGCUUGGCAAUCAAGAAAAAACUUCAUUACAGUCUUCAAACAAUAAAUGGGAACCCAAAAUAGCAUUAGAAAAGAUAAAAAAUAAUCAACAUAAUGAAGGAUAUUCAUCUGUUCAUUCUAAGGGGUCAUCUUCUACAAACACAAAAAUAAAAAAUCUAGAACUGGACAAAAUGAGAGGAGGCAUUCCUGUUGCAGCAUCUAUACAUUUAGAUGAAGUAGCAGUUAAAAACAAUUCAAAUAAAGAAGUAAAUUGUUCUAACUUUAUUUUAAAGCAUCUGGAACAGGACAAGUUAGGAGAACUUAAUGUUGUAGAAUCUACGAACUUGGAUGAUAGAAAUUUUGAAAACAAUGCAAACAAGGAAGUAAAUGACAACACCUCUGCCAUUACAUCAAAUGGGAGAAAUUUAUGUGCUUCAAACACUCCAAAAAAGAUCGUGUCUGAACAGUCCAUAGAAGUGGGAUACGCUCAGCAUUCUCCAGGUGUCACUCUCUCUCCUAAGGUAGACAACAAACAAAAAGGAAGAGGAAGUGAUGUAUCUAAAGUUAUGAGUUCGCUGGGAACAGAUACCAACACUCAAACCAGAAUAUGGCAUCAAACAAAGCAACUUGGGCAAAAUCAAAGUGGCAGAAAUUUUCCUUCUGCAUUUGCAUUGCUUGAUCACAAAGAUAGUGAUGAUGAAUGGGAAGAUGAUUCUGAUUUUGCAGCAUUUGACUACCCUGAACCUGAUAGAGGAGUAACCCCUCAGAAAAAGUUUUCGGAACCUAAAAAUCGUAAGUGUCUUCUAGUAAUGUUCUUACCAUGCUCAGCCACUGCAGAAGAUCUAGUCAAAGCAUUUGGUCACUGUGGGCAAAUUGAUGAAGUCAAAAUCAUUCAAUCAAAGAGAGAAGAAAGCAGAUAUAAUUAUGCAUCUAUCAUCUUUAGGACAGAAGAGACUUUCCAGAAAGCAUUAACGAAGAAGAAUCUUCUUGUCUGUGGUAGUGAACUGUUAGUAAAAAUGGCAUUUUCAUCUAAUCAAAAUUUAUGUCAAGAUUCUGCUCCCAGAGUGGCAGAGAAUGUUGCUGUGCCUCUAGCUGAACUAAAAAAUCCUAGAUGUACAAUUAUGAUCAAAGGCUUGCCUCAUGCUAUCAGUUUUAAGCACCUCAAAAAUGCAUUGGCUUUUUUCGGAAACGUGUCACGCUUCUUGAUGGGCCCAUCAAAUUCUACUAUAUAUGUCGAAUUUGAGACAGAUGAUGCAAAGGAAAGGGCUCUUAUGGCGCAUUGGAUUUGCAUUGGUGGGCAGCAACUACAGAUCAGGACAGUUGAGACUCCAAGAACAUCAGUUGUGAGGAUUUCAAAUCUGAGCUCAGAAACUUGGAAUUCGAAAAUUCUAAAUGUUUGCAGUUCUUUUGGAUGUGUUAAGAGAUUGCACCGCAGGGCUCAAGAUAUAGUAGAUGUGCACUUCCAUCAAAGUGAACUGGUUAACAUGCUUGAUAUAUUAGACAGUCUAAAUGGAGUAUUCAUGAAUGAAUGUCGCUGGCAUGCUCAAUUGGCAACUGUUUUCUCUCGUGAAGCACUACAAAGUUUAUGGAGCUCAGAUGAUGGCAGAGAGUAUCUGCAAUCAGUCAUUCAAAAUCUUUUUAAGGUCAUCAAUAAAAAUUGUUUCAAUGAGAACGAUUUACAUGAACUUGCAGCGCAAUAUUAUAGAGAAGAAUUCAGUGGUACCAAACAACCUUUGAUACCAACAGCGAGAACCAUGUGCUGACUGAUAUACUUUGUACUCAAGGACUAUUCUGUUGUAGCAUGUUUAGUCAUGUAUCCUUAUUAAUCACUAACAUUUGAGUGUGGGAACCAGGAUUUAUAUUUUUCUUUUAGGCUAGCAAGUGGGUAAUGGAGGUGUUCAUUUUAAAAGAGUAAUCUUUGUUUGCUAUUUCGAACAUUAUGGAUCAGUGAUGUGUUGUAGAGCAUCUAAUAAUGUUUUUUGUUGGAAAUAUUGAAUUACCUAUGAUACAACAGUAUGAAAAUUUUAUCGA